AUGCUUCCACCCCCAGCGCCUCACCACUUCAAUCCUCCUGCUGCACCCGUCUUUGAAUAUGAAGCAGAAGUCUCACUCUCAUUUCACACGAUCUUCCUUGAGACAGAGGGAGAAUCUGAGAAGUGGCGACAGCUGCUUGAGGGCGAAGGGGAAAGCGAAGUAAACAGCACCACACCCACAGCAGCACUCCAUGACACACCAGGUGGGCCCCAUAACGACACUUCUGUGAGGUUUGUCAAAGCAAUCCCCUGCUGUUUACAGUCACGGCUGCAAUGGUCUUUGCGGGAGUCUAUGAAGACAUUGUUGGGGUCAGAGCUCAUGAAAGGUCGUCUACCAAUGUGAACUUCUCUCUUAUACCUGCAGAAUGACAGUGAAGCUUUCGCAGAAAAUUUCACAACAGCAGUCGCGAUGGCGUUGUCUGUUGAUGAGGUAUGGUCGCCGUGGAACUGGCAGUUCUUUGUGCUUACCCUGCCUUUAAUCUCUGUGGUGCAGAGCCGAAUUAAUGUGAGUUCGAUCCAAAACAGCAGCGUCAUGGUGAUCUUCACGGUAAGGAGACAUGAGGAGGGAGCGAGUCGAAGAAAAUGGCUUGUCAUUUAGAUUGCUGCAGCAAACUCAUCGAAUGAGGCACCUGCUUGGACACUUGUGCAUGAGUUAGAGGUACAGAAGCAGCAUAGUGAAGACACGUCGGUAUUCUUUAGCUUUUUGCCAGAGUCAAAUCGCUAACCCAUCCUCGUCGUUCCGUACUGGGAGCUUUGGUAGGAGAUAAAAAGCGAGUGUGUACCUGCAAUGGUAUCCUUCGACUCUCUUCUGCAGGAGUGCUUGCCGCUACGGCGUCGAUCCAAGCUGGUACAGCUGCACAUGUUUUGCGUCUUUGUGUGCAUCUCUGUGCCCCGUGUGGUCAGGCUCCUUCCCUUACGGCAACGCGAUAACUGCUUGUGUCGCCGGCAUGGCGUGCAAUAUUCAUCUGUCCGGCAUCAGUAAGUGCCAUUGAUAUUGACAGAAACGUUGACUGACUUUGUUUACCACUGCGAGAUGUUCUUGUUUUCCCUAUAGACCUGAACAAUAACGACACAGUCAUCGUCUCUUCUACACCUUGCCACUCCGUGACGCCCAUCGCUCAGUCCCUCUUCAAAAACGCAAGCUUUGCAUCUCCAUUAAUCGGGACCAACGGGACGUCGUAUCAGCUUGGACUGCCCCACUUCGGCGGGUCAUACAAAGUCUGCUGGUAUGGAUAAGAGGGAACACGAAAAGGCCUGCGUUUCUCGGUCAUGCCUUUUCAGGCGCUUGCGUAUUUGCUAGGUGCGGAGGCUCUGUCACGGGCCGCUGCAAUGCCACUGAGACGGACAAAUACAACCUCACUGUGGGCGAUCUUCUAGUGAAGGGUAGAAAAGAAAGAGUGUCUGCACUCCCUGGAAAGAAGAGCUCUUUCGAUCAGGGCCGAGCUCUACUCCUGCAGCAAUCACUUGUGUCUCGGGUGCACCUAAUGACUUCCUGCUGCCUGGUGUGGCUUUGGGCAACGACGCAAUCUAUCUCGUGGACAACACGCAGCAGUGCGGUGAAUUGAUUGCCCCACCGCUUGACAAUACCAAAGUGACGGGUGUGCAAACGGAUAAUGGCUCUGUCUACUCCCUCAACAUGAUGCUUCCCGGUGGCCUGUACAAGAUCUGCUGGUCAGUUGUUCACUCUUGCAAAGCUUGAAAGGUCUUGAUCUCCUUCUGUUUAUUUGUGGUCUGCAGGUGUCCUACAGAGGCCGGAUGUUCGUCCAUCAGCGAUUAUGCAGUGAACGCAGGAGUCGUGGACAUUGCAGGACCUCACUCGAUAUGCAGAAACUCGUCAUGCAACGUAAUCACGUGUCCUAACGGCACACAUUGCAGCUACCCGUCUUUCGCGGGCAGAGGCCUGCUGCCGUGACAGGCUCGCCGUCCUCGAUCACUGUGGAGGGGGCAGCAAAGUCGCAGCUGGGGUAG